AUGAACUUGAAGCGGGAGAUGAACAGAUCCAAAUACAACAGCUAUAUGCAAGUUCCCGGACCAGUAGAAAACCUACGGGCUGUAUCUACUUCACCUACCUCAAUUCUUAUCACGUGGGAACCCCCUGCCUAUGCAAAUGGUCCAGUCCAAGGUUACAGACUCUACUGUACAGAAGUUGCUACCGGGAAGGAACAGAAUAUAGAAGUUGAUGGUCUAUCAUACAAGCUGGAAGGGCUGAAGAAAUUCACAGAAUACACCCUACGAUUUCUUGCUUACAAUCGUUAUGGGCCUGGAGUAUCUUCUGAAGACCUGACGGUCAGGACCCUUUCAGAUGUGCCAAGCGUGAUGCCUCAGAAUGUCUCUUUGGAGGUGGUGAAUUCAAAG